AUGACCCACGAUGACGCUGUAGCAGCAGUUCGACAACUGAAACAGGUAAACAAAUCAAACAGGAAAAGACACCAUAGCGUACUUGAUGACCCAAACCACGAGACAGAAGUUUCUUCGCACUCAGUCACUCAACCAAACAAGAUAAACGAAAGGUAUACAAUUCUUCUCAAAGAUGGUGUAACAACGGCAACGAUAUACCCUAUUCUGUCACCACUUGAUAUUCCGGUAGGACUACUACAUUUCCUUUGCGAUGAAUACAAUAUGGAGAUUGAAAGAGGCGAAACCCUACCGUUUUUUGACCCACUAACACUAGAUCAAUUUGUUGAUCACUGGUUUGCUUCCUUUGUUGGGAUAAUGUGUCUUGGGGAUGAUCCCGUUUUGAAUGGAAAACAAGAUGAAAAGUCGUGGGAGAAUGAAUGUUUGGGUAUAUUUUCUAUCAAACCCAAUUAUCCAGGAAGACGGUGUUCACAUAUUUGCACAGCUGAGUUUCUUGUAAAUGCUGGUAUCAGAGGUAAGGGAAUUGGAAGGACAUUGACCGACUGCUUUUUGCAAUGGGCCCCUAAACUUGGGUAUACAUACGCCACUUUCAAUCUCGUGUUUGAGAGCAAUGCAGCCGCUCGAAAGUUGUGGGAAUCGCUAAACUUCAAAAGAGCAGGCAAAAUAAAAAGUGCUGCUUAUGUGAAGAAUUUUGAUCAACCAGUGGAUGCAAUAAUAUAUGGCCGUGAACUUGCAGACAAGACUGUGGCAGAGUCCAGUGCCUACAGAUUUGACAAGAUCAAAUACUAUUUGGAGACAGGCAAGUAUCCCGCAACAGCCGACCGUCAAGAAAAAGCCAGAUUGAGAGCAGGUGCGAUGCACUAUAGUUUAUCCAACGGGAAGCUUAUGUUGAAAGGCAAGGAAGUUGUGUCGGACUCGGACCAGCAAUUGCGCAUUUGUUUUGACUUACACCGAAAUAACGGACAUCUCGGCAUAAACAAAACUACAACUCAAGUUGCUGAAAAAUACCACUGGCCACGAAUUAAAGAGACGGUUGGUGUUGUAAUAAAGGAGUGUGAGAAAUGUAAUAGGUUGCAGAAGGGUGUCGGCGACGACAACAAUGGAGGGCAAGUUGGUUUCGAAUUAGCUCAACUCGAUUCAGACAGACCACAAAUCAGCGAGUACAUUCAAGCAGUUGUAUCAGAAGUUCAGCAGGUGCAUAGAGAAGGGUACAGACAGACUUAUGCAGAAGUCGCUGCAUCCUCUGGCCCAAGUUUGCCAAUUGCCGACAGCUAUUUAUCUGACGAGGAUACUGAGUCUGAUAUAAUACGCCCGAGAGUUCGAACUUACGAGAGAAGAUGA